GGGAACCAGCAAACUGUGGGAAAUUCUCGCGAGACUGUUAAGGUUAGGAGAGGUCGUCGGGCAGCAAGUCUCGCGAGAUGUCAGCUAGACAGGAGGAGAAAGACGUUAGCGUUACCAACGGUUCACUAGCGAUGCCUACAGACGGUGAAGUGAAGAGAGAGAGCGGGGAAGAGGUGGAGUGGCGAGAGAGAGAGACAGAGAAGUGACACAAAUCAAUGUGAGCACCUAAACCACCAUCACCAGCAGCAGCAGCAGUCUCCCCGACCUCCAUCACCUCUCCGCCUUUCCCGGGGAGAGACGGAUAGAGACAGAGUCACAGGAAAGACAGUCUCCAAAGCAACGCAGCAUCCGGGUCGGUCGCGUCUCCGAUGGGCAUCCACUCUUCAGCAGAGCCACCUCUCCUGGGAUGCUUGUAGGUGUGAGGGCGACCAGUGAACAGAGGAACUGAUUACUUCGGGACAUUUUUCUCUUCAGGUUGUUCCGUCAAGUUACAGGAUGUCUUCCAAGCGACCAGCCUCUCCAUAUGGGGGGACAGAUGGAGAGGUAACCAUGGCAACCAGCAGACAGCGAAUGGAGGAUGAGGAUAGCGAGGGACUGGGCGGUGUCAUCCACCUCCCCCUGGUCUCCUACUGCGGCAAGGUGUCCCCUCGCUCGCCCCCCAACCGCAACUUGGACAGCCCCCCCAACAUGGAGCACGACGGCACUAAGGGGAGCUCUCUGAGCCCUUACCCCCAGCACAAUGCUACCUCACCGGGCAAAGAGGAUGGCGGAGGCGGAGGGCGGCCCUGCAGCGACGGGGGCUCGGCCGCGGGCACCCUGGGGACCCCCGAGAGACGCAAGGGCAGCCUGGCAGACGUGGUGGACACACUGAAACAGCGCAAGAUGGAGGAGCUGAUCAAGAACGAGCCAGAAGAGGCCCCCAGCAUUGAGAGGCUGUUGUCAAAGGACUGGAAGGAUAAACUUUUGGCCAUGGGCUCAGGGCACAUCGGAGAAAUUAAAGGUACCGCAGACAGCCUGGCGGAGAAAGAGCGCCAACUCAUGGGCAUGAUCGGCCAGUUGAGCAGCCUGAGGGAGCAGCUCCUGGCGGCCCACGAGGAGCAGAAGAAGCUGGCCGCCUCGCAGAUGGAGAAGCAGAGGCAGCAGAUGGAGCUGGCCAAGCAGCAGCAGGACCAGGUACUGUAUCAGAUUGCCCGGCAACAGCAGCAGCUUCUGCAGCAGCAACACAAAAUCAACCUCCUGCAGCAGCAAAUCCAGCAGGUCCAGGGCCAGCUCCCUCCGCUCAUGAUCCCCGUCUUUCCUCCGGACCAGAGGACUCUGGCGGCGGCCGCGGCCCAGCAAGGCUUCCUCAUGCCCCCCGGCUUCAACUACAAGCCCGGCUGCAGUGACCCCUACCCUCUCCAGCUCAUCCCUACAACAAUGGCUGCUGCCGCCGCUGCUGCCUCACCAGGCCUGGGACAGCUUCAGCUCCAGCAGUUGUACGCAGCUCAGCUGGCGGCCAUGCAGGUCUCUCCGGGGGCCAAGCAGCACGGAGGCAGCCUGCCACCCCAAUCCAACAUGGGCACACACUCCCCACCCACCAACACACACUCACAGAGCGACAAGGGCCGCAGCUCCCCGCUACCAAACAAGGCCAAGGACAGUGAGGGUGCACAGCCACUGAACCUGUCGGCCAAGCCUAAGGCAUCCGAGAGCAAGUCACCCAACUCCCCCCCAACUUCCCCACAGGUCGCUGCUGCUGCUGCCGCCAAGCUGGGCCCUGCCGGCUCCAUGAAGCACAGCGUCGCCCCCUCCAGCAUCGGAGGUCCACCGACCAGGGUCAGCUCGAUAGCAGACUUGUUGUCAUCACUGUCCACAACCGCCUACCUGAGCGACCAUGAGGCGGUGACCAAGGCCUUCGCCGAGGCCCGGCAGAUGAAGGAGCAGCUGAAGAGGGAGCAGCAGGUCCUGGACGCCAAGGUCGCCGCCGUCAGCAACCUCAGCCUCAACAACGGACGCUCGGACAAGGACAAGGCUGCCUUGGAGAGUCUGAGUCAACAGCUGAAGCAGCAGGCAGAGGACAAGUUCAGCCACGCCAUGCUGGACUUCACCAUGAGCGGAGACUCUGACGGCUCCCCCAGCGUGUCGGACUCCAGAAUAUUCCGGGAGGCUCGGGGUCGCGGCGGCAGCGCCGAGCCGCACAUCAAGCGGCCGAUGAACGCCUUCAUGGUGUGGGCCAAGGACGAGAGGAGAAAGAUCCUGCAGGCCUUCCCCGACAUGCACAACUCUAACAUCAGCAAGAUCCUCGGCUCACGCUGGAAAGCCAUGACCAACCUGGAGAAGCAGCCAUACUACGAGGAGCAGGCUCGCCUCAGCAAGCAGCACCUGGAGAAGUACCCCGACUACAAGUACAAGCCGCGGCCCAAACGCACCUGCCUGGUGGACGGCAAGAAGCUGCGCAUCGGCGAGUACAAAGCCAUCAUGAGGUCCCGCAGGCAGGAAAUGAGGCAAUACUUCAGUGUGGGGCAGCAGGGCCAGUUGCCCUUGUCCUCCGCAGGCGUGGUUUACCCAGGUGCCCUCUCCAUGGCGGGAAUGCCCUCGCCCCAGAUGCCCUCAGAGCACUCAAGCAUGUCCAGCAGCCCCGAGCCCAACGCCAACCACCACCCCCACCUGGCCAGCCUGAAGGGGGACGAGCCGCGGAUCAUCAAGGAGGAGGAGCUGCGGCUGGACGACAGCAACGGCGACGUGUACGACGACUUCGACUACGAGGACGAGGAGGCAGAUUACACCAGCGACAACGAGAACCAUAUCACCCAAUAGGACGGCGCGUUAUAUACACAACCCGCCUACUUUAUAAGCCAAUCACAGCUGGUUAAUCCCACACAAUCCCACCAAUCAGGAAGAAAACUUUCUCUUUUUGCCAAUCACCUUGAGUCCCGACCUCACAACACCCCAUCCUUUCCUCUCCCCACCCCCACCCCCCACCUCCUCCUGACUAACAUGGACUCUUCUAACAGAGCCAGAUCCCACUGGAGUCCUGAUACCAGCAUCUGAUCAAUCAACUGAAGCACAGGACCUGUCACUCACACUGACUGUUACACAAACUGGAGUCUGGGGAGGACGAAGACGAACCGAGCCAGCCUCCCGAAGCUUGCCGAGGAAUAUUAUAAAGUACUACUGCGAGAUUUUGAGUGUUAAUACCGCGUGAGUGAGUGAGGAGAAAAAAAAAUAUCACACUCAAAAUAAAAAGCAACCGUUUGUAGGAAAAAGGAGACGUUUUAAAAAUGAAAAAGACGGAUCGGCGGACCUGUCAAAAGGCUUAACAGACGACACUUUAAGAUGGCGGACCUGUUUAUUAUCAAGAGACACUUUUAAAAAAAAGAACAGCUUUUUUUUUUUUUUGUUCUUUGGUUCUAUAAUAUUCUCACUCAGGUACACGGUGCCAAUAAGUGGCUUGUGAAUGUGAUUUGUUGUUUUUGUGCUACAAGUUUGAAUAAUAAUAAUAGAAAAAAGAGACAUUUCUUUUUUUCCCCUUUUCGUUGUUAAGCACCUGAAAGACAUCAGACGUGUUUAUUUUUAACAGAAACAUAUCUUCGACCUCGCAGUGUGCUGUCAGCGGUUUCCCCCUCUACUCCCUUUUUUUUCUCCUCUGUAUUUUUGACUCCGAUGAUGGGACGGUCCAGCCAGGACUGACCGGUACAGCGUGGACUGUCCCACUUUGAUUAUCAGGGGGGAGAACGGGGAGUCUUUCUGGCGUCACGGAGCAGAAACGAAAAGCACUGUGUUGUGAGACAAUCCACCAGUUUCCUUCUUCUCGCUCCGUCCUUCUAUCUCGAUCUCGUCCGGGGCAAAACAUCAGUAUGUGUGUGUGUGUAAAAAUCUCAUAUAUCAGUCCAGGAUACAGAAAGACAGGCUUACACUGCUGCUGUUAAUUACUGUACCACACACACACAUAUAUAUACACUCACACACACACACGACUGUUGUUGUGUCCCCUCAGUGUUUUUUUUUCCCGCUCCCUCCAAUCACCAUCGUCCUGCUGCCCCCAGCGGGCGGAGCUGAGCUGAAGCAGCCAGUCAGUGUUUCUGUUUGUAUUUGAAUACUGUAUUUUAUUAUUUUCUCUUCAAACUGCCUCUAGUCUAAUAAUAUUAUUAACAAUAAUUAUAAGGAUGGUCAGCGUUUCCUAAGUUUAGUAAGUUAUGUACAGUAUAAUUUAUUUUUCUCCUCUUUAUCGGGUUUUUAAAUGACCAUAUGAAACUAUGACAGUCGAUGAAACAUUAUUCUAUUUAGCUGGUAGGUAUUUUAGAUCUAAACAAAAAGUUGUCAUUUUACCUUGCUUUGUUUUUUCUUUUUUUGUUCCCUUUCUUUUUUUUUUUUUCGUUUUGUAUUAAUCCUGCGGACGGACGGGCGGGUGGGCGGAGUCAGGACAGCGAGCUGGACUGACGAGACUCGACGCCGGCCCUCCUCCGAGCUGAAGACGUAACCUUUUAAUGUCCAAACCCGUUUCUAAAAAGCACUCAGACUCUGAGAAAAUAUUUUUUUUUUUAUUGUUAUUAUAAUUUUAUUUGUAAUGGUUAUUAUAAUGUAUAAUGUGAAGUUUCCUCUCUUUUAUUUUGCCUUUUUUUUUUUUUUUUUUUCUUUAAGGGAAAUCAGUUUUUUUGGAAACUGUUUCCUGUGAACAAAGAGUCCCGUCCCCGUUUACUAGCUCUGAACGACACACAACGAGACGCAGUGGAACAUCAUCUCUGGCUCGGCUCCGCACACACACACACACAUGCACAAUCACUAACACACAUUUCAAAUGAAGAGAUUAUCGUGACAACCAAACGAAUCCUAUGCUGUCCUUUUUUUUUUUUUCUGUUUUAUGAAAUUUAAAAUCCUGUACAUAUAUUUUGUUUGGUGUUUUUUUUAAAAAUCAUAGGAAAGCAGUGUUUACCGUGAUCCACCAGGGUGUUCCACUGUGCGUGUGUGUGUGUGUGAGACGUUCAGGCGCAUCUACAGUAUCUUUAAAGUCACCUCUCAUCAGGAGCCCUUUGCUUUGUUUGAGCUCCACGAGACGCUACAGGAGCCAUGACUACUCUUCAGGUGUGCUGUCACAUAGUGAUCCCCCCACAAUCAUUCUCGCUGUAGAUGUUCGCCACAUAAUGAGCCUCUGGGUCUUAAUUUCGCUGUAUAGUCACCCCCCGUUAUCACGGCGUGGUUCGACCCGAUGCUGGAGAGAGGGGGACUAAGUGGAUCAAUCCAUUUUUAAGGGUAUCAGGGGUGGGUGGGGCAUUAAGACGUCAAUCAUCCCUGCUGGCAAGGUCUGACCCCAUAUCAAGACAAUGAAAAUGAUGAUAUUAUUUAAGACAAUCAAAGUCAUGAGUGGAGCUCAAAACAAAGUAAGAAUUAUUACAAGUAAAAAAAAAAAAAUAUCUUACCAUCUCAACUUGAAAAAUCAAGAAAGAUAAUUAUGUAAAUAUAACAUAGAGUUAUAGAUUUAUAUUUUGUUCAUAACACAGUGUAAUAUAAGUUGUAUAUUUCUUUUUUUUUUCUCUCCCUACUGUCUCUUUUAUUGAUGUUAUCCAUGCCACAGAAAAGCAGGAGUCGCAGUACUCUCACAAACAAAAAAAAAAUGAAGAAAAAUAUCAAAGAAAUAAAGAAAAACAGGAAAGGAAAAAAAAAGCCGUGGGCUGCCACCACCAUCUGUUCUAAGUUCACUUUUUUUUCAGUAUUACUGCCAGACAAGGCUCUAAUAAAGACAGCAAUGUGUUCGGUAAAA